AUGAGUCUAAUUUAGAUCAAGUUAUUGGAUUCGCGUUUCCCCUAGAUAACUGCAAUGUUGGUUCGAUCGCACUUGGAGGAAUAGAUAAUAGAUUCAUUAGCGGAUCAUUGCAUGAUAUAUCAAGGUUAAACGAAUCGGAUCCGUUUCAUUCAAUAAAAAUUAACGCGGCAUAUGUUGGAGACAUUCCUAUCGAUGUACCUUCAAUUGAUUCAAUUCUUGACUCUAGAAGUGAUAGAAUUUCUUUUGGCAAGACUUCAGUUGAUUUCUUUAGGUUGAUAAAUGCUACCAAAUCGCCUGAAGGAUGGAAAAUACCAAAACCC